GGUUUUCAUUGGUUCCUUUCAAUGGCCUGGCAGCCUUUUUCAUGACGGCCACCAGUCUGCUCGGACAUUUGAUUUGGUCGUUUAAUGACCUGUUUAUAGUCGCGAUUAGUUCGGCCUUGGCCCUGCGUUUCAAACAAAUAACAAAUCGAUUGUGCCUAGACGAAAAAAAGUCGAACUCCAACAACUACUGGACCGAAAUCCGCGCUGACUACGACCGCUUGGUCCACUUAUCCAGGAAGCUCGAGAAGUACUUUUCCCACAUCGUGCUGCUAUCCUACUCGGCGAACAUUUUUUUCCUGUUGAUCCAACUGUCGAACGUCAUUGGGCACUUAAACCACGAAGUCCAAAUUUUGUACUACACCUAUUCGUUUUCGUUUCUGAUUUUGAGGGUCGUGAUGGUUUCUUUGUACGGGGCUUGGAUUAUCGAUGAGAGUAAAGGACCGGCGAAUAUUCUUCAUUGUGUCCCGUCGGCUACUUACAAUCUAGAGGUAAGCCAAAUUUUUUGGGCCAGAUUUUCCAAAUUUGAGUUCCAGAUUCGGCGACUUUUGCUUCAAAUUAGUUUCAACGAUGUUGGAAUCACUGGAAAUAGAAUGUUCAAAGUGACUCGGGGGCUGCUACUAAAUGUUGCUGGUGCUAUUGUUACGUAUGAACUCGUGAUCAUUCAAUUCAAUGACACGAAAGUCCAGUAGAUGUUAUUAGAUUAGCAAGAAAGUGCAGUGUUUGCAUUUGCGUCAUGUAAUUUUUUAAUCGAUGCUUUUAAUCUCUUAGGUGUAAGUUGAUCUCACGCUAGAGACUGUUUUAAUGUAGAUUAUCGUUUCUGAGGGUGCCAGUGUUAGUUUAUGUGUAGCUUUAAAUGUUACAGGAUAUUAAAUUGGUGUUAGUAUUCAUUGUGGUACAACUAAACGACCAUUAAAUCAGGUUG